AUGGGUCCAAAACUUAUUAAGAAAAAAACUGUUAAAAAAGUUAAAGUACCAAAGGUUGAGACCACAGAAUCAAAAAAAGUUGUACCUGAUAUUCAAUUAUCGAAAGAACAAGAAUCAGAAAAAGAUGAAAAACAAACAACUUCUCUACCAGUUAAAAUAUUUCCAAAAUUUUCUAAAAAAAAAAUGAGUAAAAAUCCAGAAGAUUUUUCAUCAAUUAUCAAAAUUUCACGUCUACCAUAUGGAUUUUUUGAAGAAGAAUUGUUAAAUUUCUUUACUCAAUUUGGAAAAGUAAUACGUGUUCGUGUUCCAAGAUCUAAGAAAACACUAAAUUUUAAGAGAUACGCAUAUGUUGAAUUUGAAUUACCUGAAAUAGCAGAAAUAGUAGCUGAAACAAUGGAUAAUCAUAUGAUGUUUGAUAAUUUAAUAAAAGUUCAACAUUUGAAAUAUAAAGAUGUACCAGAGAAAUUUUUUACCAGUCGCAGAGUUAUUCUACGUUUUAGUAAAAACAAAACAACUGUAAUUAAAGAAAUUAAAAAAAGAAGUAAACCAUUUGAGGGAGUUGAUUGGAAUGAGAUACAGAAAAAAAUUACAAAUAAAUACAAACGAAAACAAGACAAGUUAGGAAACUUAGGAAUAAACUAUCAAUUUCCUAAAAUUCAAAGUUAA